AUGACGGCCGAGAGCGCGCCGCCGCCGCCGCAGCCCGAGGCGCUGGCGGCGGUGAAGGAGGAGCGCGGGGAGGCGGCGGCGGCGGCGGCGGCGGCGGCGGCGGCGGCGGCGGGCGCGGGGGUCCCGGCGGAGGCAGCGGGCCGCGGCGCGGGCGGACGGCGACGCAAGCGCCCCCUGCAGCGGGGGAAGCCGCCCUACAGCUACAUCGCGCUCAUCGCCAUGGCCAUCGCGCACGCUCCCGAGCGCCGCCUGACCCUGGGCGGCAUCUACAAGUUCAUCACCGAGCGCUUCCCGUUCUACCGCGACAACCCCAAGAAGUGGCAGAACAGCAUCCGCCACAACCUCACGCUCAACGACUGCUUCCUCAAGAUCCCGCGCGAGGCGGGCCGCCCGGGCAAGGGCAACUACUGGGCGCUCGACCCCAACGCCGAGGACAUGUUCGAGAGCGGCAGCUUCCUGCGCCGGCGCAAGCGCUUCAAGCGCUCGGACCUGUCCACCUACCCCGCCUACAUGCACGAUGCUGCGGCCGCCGCCGCCGCCGCCGCCGCCGCCAUCUUCCCGGGCGCCGUUCCCACCGCGAGGCCGGCCUACCCGGGCGCCGUCUACGCGGGCUACGCGCCGCCGCUCGCCGCGCCCCCGCCCGUCUACUACCCCGCCGCGUCGCCGGGGCCCUGCCGGGUCUUCGGCCUGGUUCCCGAGCGGCCGCUCAGCCCGGAUCUGGGCCCCGCGCCGUCUGCGGCCGGCGGCUCGUGUGCCUUCGCGUCGGCGGCGGCGGCAGCGGCCGGCACCGGGAGCUUCCAGCCGGCGGUGUGCGCGGGCGCGCGCCCCGUCAACCCCGCCGCUUACGCCGCCGCCUACGCGGGCCCCGACGGCGCGUACCCGCAGGGGGCGAGCGGCGCGCUCUUCGCCGCUGCUGCGGGCCGCCUAGCGGGACCUGCCUCGCCCCCCGCGGGAGGAGGCGGCGGCGGCGUGGAAGCCUCGGUGGACUUCUACGGGCGCACGUCGCCGGGCCAGUUCGGAACGGCGCUGGGGCCCUGCUACAAUCCCAGCGGGCAGCUCGGAGCGGGCGGUGGCAGCGCCUACCACGCCCGCCACGCCACCGCCUAUACCGGCGCGGUGGAUCGGUUCGUGUCUGCCAUGUGAGCCGGAGGUAGGCGCGAAACCGCACAGACUCCAAGCGGUUCCAAAAGAUGGUAAUCCCCGGAACCGGCGGAGAGGACUAGAAAGAAUAUAUAUAGGGUUGAGACUUGCGUGGAAGGCCCCUGAGGACCGUAGGGACUCGGUGUCUUGCCCACUAUUCACAGCCCAGAUUUGCUUCGGACGUGGGCGGACGUGGGGAAGCUACAGCCGCGUUUGGACUGGCACAAGAGACCCUCGGUAAUGCGAAAUUCCAAAGAGCAUGCCUUUCUGCCGCUUUACUAGGCUGUAAAGGGUGGAGAGCGGCAUAGUUAUCCACACCAGAAUGCAGGAUCCGAACUGUGGUGAAGUCGUGGGGCUUCAAAGUGUGCGGUGCUGCGCCAAACUCUGGCUUCCUGUAUGCUCGGCCUCCUGUAUUUUUGACGACCUUACUAUAAUAAAAGGCUCGGACAGUGCCUUUCUUCUUAAAGGGGGAACAAAUUUGCAAAAGAAGUUGCUUUAAAAAUGAAAUACUUCUGUUCAGCUGGGCUGGUUUUACCAGCCUCCAAGAACCCCAAGCAUGGGUCGCAAUCAUAACUAAGACACAGUUCCCCAAGUGUGACCCAGCCCCAAAACGUGGGUUUUCAGUGUGUCUGUUACACGGGAGAGCUGUGUGGCUCUACCCUCUCAUUUUUAACCCCUCCAUUAUCUUGGGUUAUUGGCCCAUAUUUUACAGCAUUGGUGAGCCACCCGGGCCUUCCCAGUAGCCAUGCAGGGAAUGGGAACAGAUCAUUAGCAAGUAUUUAACCCAAAGUCCUGGGACUAGCUCUAAGCAAAGAUUAUGUCCUAAUUAUUGAAUCUUUUAAGUAAGACGUGUUGGUGAUUCUGAAGCCGUCACUACCCAGUGAAAACUCUGGUUUUCUGAUAAGGAGGGUGUAAAGGGGGGUGGCUUUCAGUGAUUGGGGCUGUCCUGUUUCCCGGCGCCCUCCGCCACGCCUGCCUCAUCACCCUCCUCGAACAAAAAGGAAAGGAAAAGUAACAAAUUGGAUGAUUAACAAAGCAAUCUUUAUUUUUUUAAGUUUUUUAAAACUUCCUCCUGUAUCUUGUUUAUUUGCAGCAGCAGGCUCAUGGAAAUUAAAACUCAGUACCCGGAAAAGUCCAACCUGCCUCCAUCUUUCUCUUGAGAAGGUCUGGUUUUUGAGUGAAAACAUUUAGCAUUGAGGGAGGGCUCCACUCCCUUCCUUCAGACAGUCUAAUUUUUUUAGAUGGACUAAUUUAAUAAAAAUCUGUGAGCAAGUGAACACCGGCAAGAGAAA